UGCAAAAGAACCGGGGCGACUUGGUGGGUUUGAUGGUGGCCUCGAUCAAGAGGAAGUGGAGACAGGCAGCGCAAAAGGAAUCGUCAGCAUUGGGCCAAGGCAGGCGCCGCCAUGGUGGGAAAAUUGACGAGUGUACUGGACUAGUGCCAGCACCUGUGCGCCUGGACUGGAGCCAACUAAAGGAGAGGAAAGCCGAAGUGUCGAUAGCCCCGUUUAGGGCAGUGAAACGGAGGGCGACGAUGGUCUGAAACGCAGGACAGCCAUGGUGAGCGAACGAGGAUGCGUCGAAUGCGGCGCGAUGGACUCCGUUGGCGGAUGGGGCUUUUUGUAGAUUCCGCCAGCCAAUGUUGUUAUUGUUUUUUUGCCUAUUCUUUUCUUAUUUUGUUGAUGGGGGCCUCCACCAUCCAGGCACGGCUGUGGCAUGCCAUUUCAUCCCUCCAUCCAAUCCUCUCCCUCUGCUCCCCACGUAAUCCGGCCCCCUUGCGUCGUCCACCCGUGGUGCAGCAAAGAAACUGCAGCGGUCUGGCAGCCAGACUGGGAGACCGGACCGUCAGCUGGGAGGGCGCCAUGUGGUCUGGUGGAUGGUUGCUCGGACGAAUGGCAGCAUUCCGGUACCUUUUGUUGUGUAUUUGGGGAAGUUUAAUUCUAGACGCCACGAUGGUGGUUCUAGGAUGUGGGUCAGAGCACCGAUUGUGUACUACGAAAGCAUUGGAGAGAUACUAGCUACGGCUGGACAUCAUUCAGAAGAUCACAAAUGUGACAAGCGAGAUG